UCCCAAUCAAGUGCAUGAAUCUAUAGGAAUAAAACCAUGAAACCAUAGAUCUAUACCUUUGAACAUGGCCAGGCAGUAAUAAGCCUAUAAAUCUUGGUAAGAUGCAAAAGCCUUGGUGAUGAUGAUAGUCUGCCUGUGAAGAGCAUGAAACAUGCACAUGAUGCAAAAAGAGUGGGAGUGCAUUUAGGCUAGGCCUAUAGAUCCAUGCACUUGAUUGGGACCAACGUUUACGAAAACGUCGCGUCACGUCACGUUACAGUAAUGUAAAAUGCAUGGUGACGUGACGACGGCCAACACUACGUCAUGUAAACGUUGUUCCCAAUCAAGUGCAUGAAUCUAUAGUAGUGUACAAAGAACGAUGUGUAGGCUGGGCAUAGUCCUAAUGACUUCUGCACUUGACUUGCUUUGCAUAUCAUUCAUUGUCAUCAUGUGUUGGUAGCUCAUGAGGUAAGAGUUCAAAACCAAUUGUGAAUGUUAGGCUAAGGCCUAAAUUAUCAUGUCAUUCAUGAUUAUUCAUGUAGGCCUAUUCACUUCAGUAAAGUAUUCAAUGUGAUAUGUUGGUUGGGUACCAUUGCCAUGCCGCGGCAUUGGCAUUGCUUGCUAGUGGCACUAGUAGUUAGUACGUAAUAAAACUAUGGGUCAUUGCUUACCUUGCUUUUGACCGACGCUUUUGUCGUUAUCGGAAUACUAGUACACGGAAGCGUAAGGGUAAGUCUUCAAAUAUCAAGUCAAGAAAAUAUCAUUGACAGACGAGAUAUUCAUGUUCGUCAUGCAUGUAAUGAGUGAUUGAUCAUUUUUUUUUUUUUAUGCGGGUGGUCAAGUUCCUGGUCGGCCGUCCGGCUGUAAUGUGCUUAUAAAGGGGCCGUAGCAAAAUUAAAGUGAAGCGAAGAGAAACUGAAAAAUUUUGUUUCUCCUCCAACCCUCACCCUCCCUGAGAAAGUAAAAACUAUCAAUUUUUGGGUUCACCUUCCAUGGCCUUCAUUUUCAUACUUGAAAACAAAUGUGUCAUUGUGGACGGGUCGUUGAAGGUCUUCAUUUGGGAAGGGUGUCGUGUCACAUCCUGGACUGGGGAAGACCAAGAUCUUGAGCAUCUGCUGAUGAUUAGGCCUACAUGUCGCAUCGAUGCAGUUUGGAGGCGGACUUUACCUUCUUCAUUGGGAGGGGUAUCCUGCUACAUCUUGGGACAGGGGAAGAAACGCAAUAGACUGAUGUCUGGGGAUCUUGAGAGUGAAGCCUUUUUGGGAAAAAACGAAAUGUCUCACUGAUUUUUGUUGACCCCUCCCCCUCCCCCUAAACGAAUUUAAAUAAGUUUGGAUACAUUUUGGUAUAGUUAGCUUGUUGCUAUAGAUCCAUGCACUUGAUUGGGACCAACGUUUACGAAAACGUCGCGUCUCGUCACGUUACAGUAAUGUAAAAUGCAUGGUGUCGUGACGACGGCCAACACUACGUCAUGUAAAUGUUGUUCCCAAUCAAGUGCAUGAAUCUAUAGAUGUGUCCAGAACAUGAGUGGGGAAGCAUUCUUGAAGAAAAAUAGCUCCAACAAAAAGGAAAAGAUUUUUUUUGUGGGAGCUAUAGCUGUAAUUUUUACAGUGAUUUUGGAUAGGAGGGCACGAAAGAAAUAGGCUGUGGACAAGACCAUUGACUUGGGGCCAUGAAUAACGUUGAGAGAAGGACAUGAGGCAUAUCACUGUGUUCUUUACAUUCUUGUGCAUGUUAACUUUUAAUUUCAUGUCCGAUGAACAGAGAGAACGUUUCUAAUAAACCUUGAUUAGUCUCCUUCAGAUUAUUGCCCAUGUUAAAGGCAUACGCCGUUCGUUAAAAUGUCUGAUAUUGAAAAUUUUCAAUUGCGGAAAUACGAACUUAAUUAAAAAUUCAACAUUACCGUUGUGUAGACCGAUAUACAAACACCAUAGAUACCAAGUUCCACAAAUUCGUACGCAUAAUAACUGCACUACGGCACUUUGUUUUAGUGGAUUUCUAUUUAAUCGGACCACGAUUAAAUCGAACGGCCUACCCCUUUAACUUUUAAUUUGAUAUCGGAUAAACAGAGACAACUUUCCCAAUAAAACCUACCUGUUCAAUUUCGAGCUAGUCCAUGGUGGCUGGUAUCUUGUCCAAUCUCAUGAGCACAGCUAGAUCAGCUGACUUGAAGCUGAUUUCUGUUUGGUUGGAAACAUUUGGAAACAUGUUGUUAAGUAAUUGCAUUUCAAUUUAAUUGCAACAAGUGCACACAAAUGUUGCAACUUGUGUCGGGAAAAAAAUAGACUCUGUGUACACUAUGAACAUUUUUGGAAACAUACUCCUGUAUCCACUUGUAUCACUUGUUUUGUGUGACUUAUAUCGGAAAAUGUUACCAGUGUAGACAGGCCUUUAACCAAAUGUUGUUGUCAACAAUGAGAUUUGCUUUGUGCAUGACGUUGCGUCAUUCAUGACAUAACUUUGUCUGUAAUGCAUUUAAUGAAGUUUAGCACAGAAAAGGUAUUUUGCUGCAAAGCCAUCAACAUUUCUGGAGUAGUCUGUACUUUCUGGAAAGUUGGAAAGGUGGAAAGUUGAUGACAGGUGGAAAGUUGAUGACAGGUGGAAAGUUGAUGACAGGUGGAAAGUUGCAUGGAAAGUUUAGUGAUAUGCAGAUGGAAUGAUAAAUGCGUUAUGAACAAUGGGAAUCUAUUGAAAAAUUCUCUAUUACGGCAGUAGGCCCUAGCAGUUUUCUUGUCCAUCAUGUCCACACUUGUGUUGUCAGAAUGGUGGUGUCUUAUCUGGGAGUCUUGUAAAUCACAAUAGUAUGGGUAGCAUUGGUUUCUUAAAGAACAUAAGAAGGGAACUUCGCAAUGUUGCGGGUGGACCAAAGGUGGAAUGUUGGAUUUCGAUUCUAUGAGACACUAAAAGUAGCCAUGCCAGCUACGAUCACGGAAUUUAUGUUUGACCAUUCUCUUUAUUCUUUGUGAUGUAAAGAAUGUUCGAAAAUCCAUUUGAAAUACACUUUAUUGGACAAUUCGAAAGAUUCCGAAGUAUUCAAACUUUCCAGAAUUCCAACUUUCUGGAAAGUACAGACUACCCUUUUCUGGUGCGAUUGUAGUCGAAGGAAAGUUAAAAAAUGGAUAGAAACGCUUGGCAAGUUGGAAAUAUUAUCAUUGAAUGUCCAUUCAGGACAUACAAAAUGAUUUGAGGUGAGCUAGGUUUUUUUAAAAUUGAAAUAUUUUGAACAAUAUCUCAGGAUCUUGGACGAAACUAUGAGGUCCAUAAGGGCAAUCGGUAGGUGAUCUGUAAACAUUGCCUUAUAAGGAAAUGAUGCAAAGGUUGGCACGCAGCCAAAAUUAAGUUGGCGCACCGGUGAAAUCAAUUUGGCACAGAGCCAAAAUUUUGGAUCAAUGAGAAAUCGUUUUAUUGAAAUAUUUUGGCAGUUCAAGAUUAGGUGAUUUGUUUUAGCGAAUGACAUUCCUUGACGGCUUGUUCAUCGUGAAAUUGCGCAGUAUAAAAGCUGUGGCGAAUCUCUUGAAAUCAGACAAUGUAAAAUGCGCCGAGAGCUGAUUUGCGGAGGUUUAUUUUUGGUUUUACUAGUAUUUUAUUGCGGGUCUUUGAACAUGGCGAACGUGCGGUAACUCGAGAUACUCAACCAACGAAUUCAAAGGGGCGGAGGUACUGGUGCGUCAUCGCAAAAGCUAAAGCAAAAGCAGCAGCAGCAGCAGCAGCAGCAGUGGUUUUGUGACGUGGUAGUCCACCAAGAAGAUGCGACGUUCACGAUGUUCUGGCCGGCGAGUCUUCCAAAUGAAAAUCUGAUCGUCCCGAACAGUUACAUCAUGGUAACAAAUCCAGUCAUUCCGAAUGCUGAUCAGAAGAUUAUCCGGCUGCAGAACAGUUCAAAGGUAUCGCCUCGGAAAGUCGGAAUCAACUGGUCCAGGCGUGAUGUCACCAUUGCUGAUCAGACAGGGAGUGUGGUUUGCAAGUUGUGGAAUACGUUCGACACCUUGCUGGAUGAAAGUAACCGAAGUGGAGAAGUUCGCCUGAAUAAUCUCGAGGUCGACAAGUGGGGUCAAGACACCUCAUUAAAAACAACUCAGGAAACUGAAUUGCAGGCAAUUUCGAACACAGAGCAGAACGUUCUGGUUGAGGUUCUUGCUCAACAUGGUCAGCAACUGUUGUUGGUGAAGCCUGGCAGUGACGAUGCUGAGGAAGUGAAUGUGGGUUUGGACGUUGAUAUUCCGGACUUCAAUUUUUCAGCUGUAGCAACUGUCGAUAUCAACAAUGGUAUCAUAUCAGCAUUUCACUAGGUCCUUUGUGGUGACCUGUCCACUGAUUGUUUUUAUGACUACUUUAGUAUAUUAGGGUCAUUUGUUUGAAUCAAGAUUGUGAAUCUAUCUUCUGUAAUCCAAAUUCAAGACUUUGUUAAUUGAAUGUAACCAAGCUGGACAAGUAAUUUCAAUCAGUUUUGUUUGCUGUACUGUUGGUCAUCAGGUGACAAUGUUCAUGUUCUAAGUCCUUGUUCAAUUAGUCGCUAACUGUUGUUGAUCAAGCCUGGCAGUCACAUUGCUCAGUUAGAUGGUAAGUCUGUAUGGAAAGCAGAUGUUGUAAUUCCAAACGUGGUCUUUGAGCUAUACUGUGGCAUUAUUGCUGCAUUUCAUUAGGUCUAAUGUGGUGACCUGUCUACUGGUUGUUUUUAUGACUGCUUUAGUGUCAUUUGUUGAAACAAGAUUGUGUAUCUACCUUCUGUAACCAAAAGUCAAGACUUUGUUAGCUGGACAAGUAAUUUCAAUCAGUUUGUUGUACUGUUGGUGGUCAAGGGACAAUGUAAGUCUGACAUUAGCUGAUAGCAAUUGUAGAAUAGUUUGGGAGCACUAACUUUAGACACGAUAAUGUUGUUCCUUAUUGAGUCGCAGAAACCAGUGUGAACUUUGAUGGACAGUGUAGAACAUCAGAGGAGAUACUAGUAUUUGCACAGUCCUGACUGAACUUUGUAUCAUUUUUGUGCAUUUAAAAACACUUCAGUGUGAAUAUACUUUUAUAAAGGUUGAAACAAA